AUGUCGAAGCGAACGUGCCAGUCCGUUCAGCUGAAGAAGAAGGUGGAGAUACUGUUGGAGAUAUAUGCUGGCAAGCUACCGAAGCCUGCAUUCGUGAUGAAGUUCGGAAUCUCCAAAAGCACGUCGUCGGGAAUCCUGAAGGACAGCUCUUGUGUACUGGAGACGUUCAACAGUGGUGAAUUUGGACCCAAACGUAAGAGGAUGCGGACAGCUGCUCAUAAGGAUCUGGAGGAUGUCCCUGUCGCAUGGAUCCAGCGAGCACGAAGUGCCAACUUGCCAGUGAACAGUGUUGUGGUGCGCACUAAGGCAGAGGAAAUGGCUUUACGUUUCAACAUUUACUUUUCGUGCAGCGAUGAAUGGCUCGACAGAUUUCGAAGACGUCAUGAACUGAUUUUUCGCGCCAUCGUCGUGGAAGCUGCGACAGUUGAGGAGUCAGUGUGCGAGGACUGGCGAUCGACGAGGAUGAAGAAGGUGCUUGAGGAAUACGAGCCAGCAAAUGUGUACAACGUCGACCAGACCGCGCUCUAUUACCAGCUUCUCUUGGAAAAGAUGCUCAGUUUUGCUGGGGACACGUGCAUGGGAAGUAAGCACAGCAAGUUGCGUGUCACUGUGCUUGUCGAUGCCAAAAUAACCGGGACAGACAAGCUGAAGCUCUUGAUGAUCGGGAAUGCGAAGACCCCGCGGUUUUUUAAGAACACAAAGACUAUACCGGUAACCUACGCAUCCAACUCGAAGUCGUGGACGACCCAGGCACUUUUCGAACAAUGGCUUCGUGAGGUCGACCGACGGUUCGUGAGGGAGAACAGAAAAGUUGUGAUCCUUGUCGAUAACUGCCCAGGACAUGAGAACGUCAGCGGACUUUCUUCCAUUCGGCUGGAAUUUCUACCCCCAAACACAACUGCGAAGCUGCAACCAAUGGACCAAGGUGUGAUAGGUAGCCUCAAGAGGCAUUACAGGCGGUCUCUGCUUCAGCGAAUGCUGCUGUGUAUGGAAACCGGCAAGGAGUACCAAGUGAACCUGCUGAGUGCAAUUCAUCUUCUCUCGUACGCAUGGGAUAAAGUUUCCGAAACUACCAUUGCAAACUGCUUCCGCCAUGCGGGGUUUGUGGCACACAGCAGCCCUUCAGAAACCCCUGCAGAGUACAGUGUUGAGGAGCUAUCAGAAGAUGAUUAUUCCAACCAGUUCUCUGAUCUCAAGAGUGCUGGCAUCUCCAUGGACAUGGUGGCAUACGUUAACGUUGAUGAUGAUGUUGCCACUUGUCGAGAUGACACAAUGGAAGCCCUGAUUGAAGAGAAAUGCGCUGAGAAGCCAUCAGAAAGUGAAGCUGAAGCCAUUGAGGAAGAAGGCUGGAAUGUAGAACCUACACCGGUGACCUGUGAUGCAGCAGACGCUGCAUUAAAUACCACGAGAACGGAAAGCAAAGCCAAAGCUAGGUUCGUAGCCGCUGUUCUCGAAACCUUGGCUUGCGAUACUGUGAGGAAGUUGUGA